ACCGGUUGAUUUCUAUUCUGGGUUCAUGUGUACAGUGCACGUUGCCCUCAUUAGUUGGAUUUGAUGUCGUACGACUUGCCAGUACCAUAAAAGAAUGCGACGCCGCUAGGAGAUAAACCAAAACUCGGACUGUUCUCACCUCUCGUAGUGCACAAUCUGCGUAAACAAAGUUCAUCUGGUGUUGAUGAUGCAGGAACUGAAUGAAACUGUAACUAUUGGAGCGACUGUCCCAACUGGAUUCGAGCUUACUUCAGCUGAGGAGAUCCAGGAAAAGCUAGAGGCGACUGCCAGAAUAAACAAAGACAGAGGCAAAAUAUAUUUUGACAUAACAUCAGACAAGCUUUCUAAGUUACACAACCUGAGGUCUGUAGACCAUCUGUUUGUUGUGGUUAAGAAAUAUGACAACUACCAAUUCAAAGGCACAAAGGAAGAAGAGCAGGUGGACCUGCAAGAGUUGGCCGCCAAGCUGUCUUGGACCAGUGCCUUAGAAGUCUGGAAGAUGAACAACUCUUUGAAGAAAAAGAAAGGUCGUCGUAAAGGAACCUACUCCAAAAAAUCUGAUCAUUCUGGCAACGUUAGCACCAAAUGUACUACUGAAACAGUCCCAUCAGAUCCAACAAGUCUGUCGGAAGAUCUUGAAGCGUUACAGGUGCCGAACCAAACUGAUGUUUCUCAUCCAGAAAGUGGACCACAGACAGAAAAGCUAUCUGGAGAUCAGGAAGCAUUGCCUUUAAAGUUUCGAGUAACAUGCAACAGAGCUGGAGACAACCAUUGCUUCUCCUCAAAUGAUGCUGCACGAGACUUUGGAGGAGCAGUACAAGAUCUCUUUCUUUGGAAACCAGAUAUGACUAAAUUUGACAUUGAGGUGUUGUUAAACAUUCAUAAUGUGGAGGUUGUAAUUGGUAUUGCCCUCACAGAGGUGAGUCUGCACAGGAGAAACAUCACUCACUUUGGCCCAACCACACUACGGCCUACGCUGGCUUACGGCAUGCUUAGACUUUGCAAGCCUCAACCAUCAGACGUGAUUUUAGAUCCCAUGUGCGGCUCUGGAGUUAUACCUUUAGAGGGUGCCAUAGAGUGGCAGAAUUCAUUCUUUUUAGCAGGAGAUAACAAUGGCAUUGCAAUCAACAGAACAGUCAAUAAUGUCAAGCAUCUUCUAAAGAAUCGACCUGUUGAAAGAAGCUCUUCAGGCUUGCCCAUAGACAUUAUUCAGUGGGACUUGUGCAAUCUGUCUGUGAGGAGCAGUUCAGUGGAUAUCAUUAUUACUGACAUGCCAUUUGGAAAGAGAAUGGGUUCCAGGAAGAAGAACUGGGAAUUAUACCCUUUAUGUCUUCGGGAAAUGGCUCGAGUUUGUAGACCUGAUACAGGGAGAGCUGUUCUACUGACCCAGGACAAGAAGUGUUUCACAAAGGCAAUCUUGCAGAUGGGUGAGCUGUGGAGGAGAAGCUACACUGCAUGGGUGAAUGUGGGCGGGUUGCGUGCAGGUGUUUUUGUACUCCAGCGCACAGGGUUAGUUUUUGGCACCGCUUCUGGAGAUGUGAAGAAGCCUCGCGAAGAAACGGAAUCCCAAAGAGAGGAUAUGGAGGACAAAAGUCUGUGAAACGGCUAAAAGACAAGUUGCAGCAAAUGUGUAUAUUUGGAGAAAUGUAAUGUUUUUCCUGGUGUAAUUAGGCCUCAAGUCAUUUUGUAUUUAAUUUGUUGGUCUCUGACUAUAUUUUCCUUAUAAAGGUUUGGCUGUUCAUGUUCUGAAGAAAAUACAGUUAUAAAUGGGGUUUGAUGCCUUUUAUGAAAAUAUAGAGUUCAUCAUUCAUGCUCAACUCAUUAGUUACCCUGUUAAUUAUUAGUUCACUUAUCAUUGUGGAAUACACUGUAAAGACUAGUUGUUGGUUAAACUUAUAUUUAGUGCAUUUUUGCAUCCAUUUUAAAUUAAACCUAAUUGGCCUAAAA